CGGCGUCUCACUUUCUUGGACGGUCGUUGUUUUUGGCACUUUGCUCCUUCACUGCAGCGGAAGAGAAAAAAAUCUCAAGCGCGAGAAAAUGGAGCAAACCUUCAUCAUGAUCAAGCCCGAUGGUGUCCAGAGAGGACUAGUUGGUGAGAUUAUUUCAAGAUUUGAGAAGAAGGGCUUCACUCUCAAAGGUUUGAAACUAUUGACCGUUGAGCAGUCUUUUGCUGAGAAGCACUAUGAGGACCUGGCCACAAAGCCAUUCUUUUCUGGUCUUGUCGAGUAUAUUAUUUCUGGCCCUGUUGUUGCUAUGAUCUGGGAGGGCAAAAGUGUUGUUGCCACUGGCCGGAAGAUAAUUGGAGCCACAAAUCCUGCAGCUUCUGAACCUGGAACUAUCCGUGGUGAUUUUGCUAUUCAUGUUGGAAGGAAUGUUAUUCAUGGAAGCGACUCAGUUGAGAGUGCAACUAAGGAAAUUGGACUGUGGUUCCCAGAAGGCCCAACUAACUGGCAGAGCAGUCUUCACCAAUGGAUCUAUGAGUAAACUUUUGUCAGUCUAGAAGUUGUUUGCCACCAGCCAUUCUAAUUAUCUUGCUUCUCAUGUUUGCUCCUGAA